CUGAGCAGAUGUGGAAGACGAAAAUACUGUAAGGAAGUAGUCACACGAAAAUCUUUGGAUUGGAUUUAGCUAGCCUUGUCUGUAGAACUCUAGAAUACAUACAUACAACUGUUAUAACACAAACAAGUAUGCUAUUACGAAAAACAACAUCGGUAUGAAGAGGCAAUGGUAGAGUCACGUUUUUGUCAACCACCCUGGUUCAAUGGACGCGAGGACUUAAACUGUGCUGCUUGUUACCUGGCUAGUUACAGUAGACAGCAGCAGUACCUUUUCACUAGCUAUCUUGUACAACCGUGCACUCCUUAAAAAUAACUGCUCUACUUGAACAACUUUUGUGUAACAUAGCUAGCGUUUUUCCGGUACUAAAAGACUGACCAGUGACCGGUCUUUCACUAAUAUGGCCUCGUCUAGGCUGAAGUACAUGUCUCUAGGGGUGCUGGUAUUCCAGACCACCUCUCUGGUGCUAACCAUGCGCUACUCCCGCACCCUGCAGGGGGAAGGUACUCGCUACCUGGCCUCCUCUGCGGUGGUGCUAGCCGAGCUCAUGAAGAUCAUCACCUGUGUGCUGCUCGUCUUUAAGGAACAAAGCUACAGUGUUCGUGCUCUUAACAGUAUUUUGAGGCAAGAGAUAGCUCACAAACCAAUAGAGACCCUGAAGCUGGCCAUUCCUUCUGGGAUCUAUACCUUGCAGAACAACCUGCUGUAUGUGGCUCUGUCUAACCUUGAUGCAGCCACCUACCAGGUGACGUACCAGCUGAAGAUCCUCACGACAGCCCUGUUCUCAGUGUCCAUGCUGGGCCGGAGGCUGGGGGUCUACCAGUGGCUCUCCCUACUCAUCCUUAUGGCUGGAGUAGUGCUUGUACAGUGGCCCUCUGAAUCCCCCGGGACCCCUGAGAAGGAGCGGUUGUCUGCUGGGUCACAGUUUGUGGGUGUGUCAGCUGUGCUAGUGGCCUGCUGCUCCAGUGGAUUUGCUGGUGUUUACUUUGAGAAGAUCCUUAAAGAAACUAAACAGAGCGUCUGGGUCCGCAACAUUCAACUGGGAAUGUUUGGCCUGGUAUUUGGUCUGAUUGGGAUGUUUGCGUAUGAUGGCGAGAGGGUCCGGGAUUCUGGGAUGUUUCAGGGAUACAGUACAAUCACAUGGAUAGUGGUGGCUUUGCAGGCGCUAGGAGGGCUGGUUAUAGCAGCUGUCAUCAAGUAUGCAGACAACAUCCUGAAGGGCUUUGCCACAUCACUCUCCAUCAUCCUGUCAACACUCAUAUCCUACUUCUGGCUCCAGGACUUUGAACCCACUAGUGUGUUCUUCAUGGGUGCCGUGUUGGUGAUUGCAGCCACAUUCCUGUAUGGCUAUGAAGGCCAGCCAUCCCCCAACCCCAGCCGUGCCUAGGGGACACCAUAGAGGGAACAGAGUACAAAGGGGGUCAGAUAAGAGAGAAGAAGAGAAGAGUGGAGCAGAAGAGAGGAGGGGUGAAGGACACAAGACUAGAUCCACCGAAGUGCCUUAACUGUGUAAUGCGUCCAGGAUUUGGCUUGUCGCCAUGCUUUCCAACACUAAGAACUAGACAGAUGAGUCAUGACCAAUCUCGGCAGUGUUCUAAACUGCAAGGUAGUUAUUACACUGGGUCAGAACUGGCUCUGUCUUUCUUUGAUUAAUGUCAUCAACACUGAUCAUGACCACAAUGGUUAAAAUAUAGACUGGGAUGUUCUGCUGAGCGCUACAAUGGCCCGAUGGCCAUUCCUAGUUGACUUGUUACAGUAGUCCAGAUGUUUUGGACACGUCAGAAAUGAAUAUGUUGCUGUCAAACUGCUGUAGAACUCAACCUUCCCUUAUUGUUGCAAAUUCUCAUAUCUGUUUUUGGGUUAAGUGGGGAGUGAUGACAAGUCCGUAAAUGAAAGGUUUUCUUUGUCAAAGAACAGUGUGUCAUAAUCACAUGUCCUAACGGUAUGAUUUACAAUGUUACUAGAACUCAGAAGUGCUCUGAGCCAUGAAUACACAUACAAACACACAGUCAAUCUCAUGUUAUUUUUCAUGCCAGUAAACCCUUUUCUGAGUAAGUGCAUCUUGUGCAUGAGGCCCCCCUGAAGCUCAGAGGAUUAACUCAUUAAACUGAACCUCUGUCAACACUAAAACAGUGUGUAUGUUAAUGUGCACGCUUGUUUUGGUGCUUGUGUCUUGAAUUGUAUAUUUUAAUCUGGCCACACCCCACAGAAACAUUUAAAAAAGAGGAAGUAGAAUCUAAUUCAAAACAUUUAUAUAAAACACAAAAGUCCUUCAUUAAUUUGAGAAAUAUUUUUUCUAAAGCAAAUGUUUCUCAUUAGUGUCAACAACAAAAUUUUAAAGUGUGAAAUUGAUUGUAAUUAAAUCACAGUGUUUUUGUUUGUUAGAUUGUUCCCUUCCGGACUUUAAUGUCUAAACUAAUGCCUUCUGGGAAAUUAUAAAAUAAAGGGAAUCAUGAAUUAUUAACCUGACAACCCAAUACAUGAUCUUAUAUUUUCAGACCACUGCAAUUAUUUUGAGAAAAAUGUAGGACAGUACAUUUAUACUAUUUCAACCUUAUGCUACACUAUAUUUAUAAACUAAAGAAUGUAAAAUAAUAUUGUCUAUGGUAAUGUGUAGAAUAAAUAUGCAAUUUGAAUUUCAUAGAAUGUUUUAAUGCAAUGCUGGUUCCUGUGGGGAGAAGCCAAUUUACUUUCAAGAUUUGCAUUGGAAUUGCAGAGCAAUAAACAGUUUAAUUCAGAAUUGACCACACCUCUAACACACAAAAUAUGAACUGCCAUCACUAGCUGUUUCUAGCUGAUGUGUUAGUCACAUGAAGUUGCUCUUUAGGUGUUCAUUCACAUGUGAGCCAUUUUAUAUGGUCAGAAAUAAAAAGCUGAAAUGUU